CCGUCGUGGCGAAGCGGUUGCGAACCCGGCGGUUUUCCAGACGGGCUCGCGGAGGAGCUCGACCGCGCACGUUCGGCAGCCGGCGGGGCGGCUCGGCGCAGCCUGAAGCCCUGGCGUCCGCGGCCCGCGGCGUCCUCGGAUCUAUCGACAUGAAUCCCGUCAUCGUGGUCCACGGUGGCGGAGCCAGCAAUAUCUCAAAGGACCGGAAAGAGCGGGUGCGCCAGGGCAUCAUCAGAGCUGCCACCGAGGGUUACAAAAUCCUGAAGGACGGAGGGAGCGCAGUUGACGCCGUGGAAGGAGCUGUGACCGUCCUGGAAGAUGACCCUGAGUUCAAUGCAGGUUGUGGAUCUGUCUUGAAUGUAAACGGUGACGUGGAAAUGGAUGCUAGUAUCAUGAAUGGAAAAGACCUGUCUGCAGGAGCUGUCUCUGCGGCCCGGGGGAUAGCAAAUCCCAUCAAACUUGCACGGCUUGUUAUGGAAAGGACAACUCAUUGCUUUCUGACUGACCAAGGCGCAGCAAAGUUUGCGGCAGCCAUGGGGGUUCCCACAGUUCCUCAAGAGCAGCUAGUGACGGAGAGAAACCUAAAACGCCUGGAAAAAGAGAAGCAUGAGAAAGGUGCUUUCAAGUCCGACUGUGAAAAAAACCUGGGAACUGUGGGCGCCGUGGCCUUGGACCACAACGGAAACGUGGCCUACGCAACCUCGACGGGGGGCAUCGUGAAUAAAAUGGUCGGCCGUGUUGGGGACACGCCGUGCAUAGGAUCUGGAGGUUAUGCUGACAAUAACAUUGGCGCCAUUUCAACCACGGGGCACGGGGAGAGCAUCCUGAAGGUGAAUCUGGCCAGACUCACUCUCUUCCAUGUAGAACAAGGAAAGACUUUGGAAGAGGCUGCCGACCUGUCACUGGGUUACAUGAAGGCAAAGCUGAAGGGUUUGGGCGGCCUCAUCUUGGUCAGCAAAGCAGGAGACUGGGCGGUGAAGUGGACCUCCGCCUCCAUGCCCUGGGCGGCCGCCAAGGACGGCCAGCUGCACUCUGGAAUUGACCUUGACGAGACCAGUGUCGCCAACCUGCCCUAGGGCCCCCGAGGAGAUUGGAUGCUGGGUGCCGGCCUGGAGGGCAAGUCCAGCUUUCCCGUAUGGAGACUUCACUUAAUCAAUUAGAUCUAGAAAUGGAAACUUACGCGGUCUGUCACUGUUUUGUCGCCUUGAUCCAUGAGUAUCUGAGUGUUUGGUUGAGGGGCGGAUCCAAAAGUGCCCAGAGAAACACCCCUGUUAAGGUCAGAGGAAGACCAGCGCAGAUGACCAGGGCCCGAGCCUUCCUCGUGAAUCGGCCCCGGCGUCCUAGCUUAGAAAGCAGAAAUGACAUCAGUGAUGUGACAGCAGCCGCCUGCGCGCAGGGAGCGCUGUCGGGGAGCGGGAGACCCCCAGCGGCGUGGGGUGGGGGGCGCGCAGGCGGCUGCUCCCGGGGCUCCCAUGGUUGCAGGCUCUCCACGGGACCCAGUGAAGGAGCCAGCAGCGUGUCUGAAAGUGCACAGAGGCAGCAGAGUUCAUGGGCCAAGGGCCUGUGAACCGCAGAAUGUCGCAGAGUUCAUUUUGAGGCUGAAAAAGUUCAGGGGGGAAAAAAAAGAAAAAAAAAGUUCAGGAAAAAGAACCUGGAAGGGGAUAAACUGAUGUUCCUAAGAAAGUUCAGGUCUCCGCUGACUUACUAACGUAGACAUGUUUGCAGGUACUUUGUAAGUGCCCCCGGGGCACACCUCCCCCGCCCCGGAAGUGAAGGGUCUCACUUGGAGCUGUGGAGCCCCUGCCAGCCUGGGGGUCCUCUUGGGCCGCCUCGGGAACCCGCCCACCUGGCGUCUUCCAGAAGCCUCCGCUGGCUGCGGGCCCUCUCCGGGUCCUCAUGCCCGGUAACGGGGCUCCCGACCUUGCUGCCUUGGCCGUGACCGGGAGGGGGCGGGGGCAGUAAUCUCCUCGUUGGAGGCCACUCCCGUUAAUCUCUCUUUACACUGGAAAUAGCAUUUCUGCUGUGAUGAGUUUUUAGUCUUGUCAGGUCUUCUCUCUGGAAAGAAACUGCUUACCUUAAAAUUCCAUGUGCCACUAAUAAAAUCUGUUUUGAAAGAAUAA